CGUGGUCCUAGAGCCCGCCUUUUCUUUUUUUGCACUUCCUUUUCCAAGAUGGUGUUCCUAACCUCCAGUUUGUGGAACCGGGCGCGUUUAACCGACCGCUAUUGGCGCAAGCUAGAGGUGCUUCAGCAUGCACGGCAUUUUCGGGGACGGAAGAACCGCUGCUACGCCUUGGCGGUCCGUGCUGUGCGAAGGGCCUUUGUGUAUGCAACCAACGCACGAAGUCUAAAGAAGAGAGACAUGCGAAAGCUUUGGGAGGAGAGGAUUGAAGCUGCAUCUCUUGAACACGGUGUGAAGUACCAUGUCUUCAUGAGCAACCUUUAUAAGUGUCAAGUGGAACUGAACCGGAAAGCACUGGCCGACCUGGCGAUCUAUGAGCCAAAGACAUUCAAGUCCUUAGCUGCUUUAGCCAAAAGGAGAGGAGAAGAAGGCCUGCUUGCUGCCCGAGAAGGUGGAAAGGAACAGAAUGGGAUAUUCUCACGUCUUUUAAAAUUUGUUUGAAGGAUGUAGCUUGCUUGUGAACACUGUGCUUAAAUUAAAUUGGGACCAUAUUGAAAA